UCGCAACCCCACCCUGAUCAAUUACUCCGGCAGCCAACUUCGCCGACGAGAGAAAAUUCGAUGAAAAAACUGAUGAGGAACUCCGAUCAUUACAACCGCGCUCAUCGGAUUCUCUUGCUCCCGACGGCUCCAUUCCUCCUCCUCCUCCUCUUCCUCGUCGCCUAUUACUACAGUCCCGCUCCCCUGUUCACCAUCUCAUCUCUCAAAUCGCUCCGCCUUUCCCUCCCUAUAACCUCCACUCCUCUCCAUUCCGUCUCCUCUUUUCUGGCGGCGGAAGUGAGGGCAUCGAAGAUCGCGAUCUGUCUCGUCGGAGGCGCGCGGCGGUUCGAGCUCACGGGGCCGUCGAUCAUGAAGAACUUGCUGAUGGAAUACCCGAACGCUGAUCUCUUCCUUCAUAGUCCUCUCGAUAAGGAUUCCUUCAAAUUCUUUCUUCUCAAGGACGCGCCGAGGAUAGCCGCCAUGCGGAUCUUCGAGCCCGGACUCAUCUCCGAGAAUGAAUCGCAGCUUCGCGUGCUUCGAUUUCGCGAUUCGCCGAAUGGCAUUCAGGGGCUAUUACAAUACUUCAAUCUGGUGGAGGGCUGCCUCUCCUUAAUCCACGCGCACGAGACGAGCCACAACUUCACUUACCAAUGGAUCGUCCGUACUCGAGUUGACGGCUACUGGUCCGGCCCGCUCGACCCGACCACAUUCCAGCCCAACUCAUAUGUCAUCCCACCCGGCUCCAAAUUCGGCGGCUUCAACGACCGCUUCGGCAUCGGCGACCGUCCUUCCUCAAAGGUGGCGCUUUCUCGCCUCUCCCUUCUCUCCUCGCUCGACGCGGCCGGCUACCGCAACCUCAACUCUGAGUCCGCCUUCAAAGCUCAACUCGACACAUCAAAGAUAGAGGCGCGGGAAGCCCCGCUCCCAUUUUGCGUGUUGAGUGAUCGCCGGUACGAGUUUCCUCCGGGAAGGUACGGCGUGCCGGUGGCGUCAAUGGGGAGCAGAGGGCCGUUGAGCGGGGCGAAGUGCAGGCCAUGUGCGGCGGCGUGUGUGGGGAAGUGUGUGGAGGAGGUGGAGAAAGUGGUGGAUAGAGGGUGGAGCUGGGGGGAGUGGAAGACGGGGAGUAUGGAACUAUGUGAUGCGAGCGGUGAGUGGGAGAGAGGGUGGGAAAAGUAUUUUGAUGAGGUGGCGGGGGAGGAGGUGGCGGCGGUACGGCGGGGUGUGGUGGGGAUGGAUUGGAGAAGCUGUGAACGGGAGUUUGAGGGUAUGAAGAAGAGGGUUGGGAGUUGGGAUGCGCCGCCGGUCGAAGAGAUCUGCCGGUUGGGGUUGAACCGGUCGUCUGUUUCAGCGGGUGAAGGGACCUCGAUCAUGCAUGGUGUAUACUAGUUUGUAUAUAGAGUUUAUUCUUUUUG